AUGUCCUACAGCUGCUGCUCCGGAAACUACUCUUCUAGCUCCUUUGGUGGUUGCCUGCAAUAUCCUGGAUCUCCCUGUGGUGGUUCUUCGUACUCCAGCAACCUGGGCUAUGGCAGUGGAUUUGGAUCUCCCAGCGCUUGUCAAAUGGGAUCUUCUUUCUAUAAUAGCAGUCAGGAAAUCUGCACCAAACCUAUCCGAGUCCAGAGCUCCUGUGGAGUGCCUGUCUCGUGCCAGUCAUCCUGCUUCCGCUCCAAACCCUCCACAUUCUGCAGUCCCUGCCGGCCCACUCACCCCAGCUGUGGAUCCAGCGGCAGCUACUCCCUGGGCUAUGGACAUGGUAGCUCCUACUCUUUGGGCUGUGGUUCCACUGGCUUCAAACCUCAGGCCUGUGGGGGCACUGGCUUCCCUUCAGUGAGCAGUGGCUCUGGAUUCAGCCGCCCUUCCUACCUGAUCUCUAAGCCCACCCACCCUUCUUGUUACAGACCAUCCUGUGGAUCUGGUUUCUAA